UAAUACAGUAACAUUAAAAAGGGAAACCACAUGUAAUACCUUGCAGAAAACCCCCCAAAUUAGUCACCACCUCUUUUCCCCCUUUUAUAAAUCACCAAGAACCCUAAUUUCCAAAACCCCCAAAUCACAAUACCAACCUCUCAAUUCCCCCAAAUCUUGAUCACCAAACACAAAUCAAACAGUUCUGGGCCUCGAUUUCACUCUCCAAUGCCGAUUGUGAUCCGAUCCGUGUGGAGUCACAACCUGGAGUCCGAAUUUGACCUAAUCAACUCACUUAUCAACUAUUAUCCAUACGUUUCAAUGGAUACAGAGUUUCCAGGAGUCGUUUUCCGCUCUAAUUACCAGGUUUUUCAUCACCAAAACCCCAACGAAUGUUACAAUCUGCUCAAAUUAAACGUUGACGCGUUGAAAUUGAUUCAAGUUGGGUUGACUUUGACCGAUUUUCGCGGGAAUUUACCAGAAUUUGGUAAUAAUAAGUACAUAUGGGAGUUCAAUUUCAAGGAUUUUGACCCGUCACGUGACAAGCACGCGUCUGAAUCCAUUGACCUGUUGAAGCGUCAAGGCAUUGACUUUGAGAAGAAUUUAAACGAGGGAAUUCGCACAGUGAAAUUUGCUGAGAUGAUGAUGUCAUCCGGGUUGGUGUUUAAUGAGAAUGUGAGAUGGGUGAGUUUUCACAGUGCGUAUGAUUUCGGGUACUUGGUUAAGGCGUUAACGGGUCGGGUAUUGCCCGAUGAGUUAAGCGGGUUUGUUGAGGUUAUGAAGUUGUUGUUUGGGGAGAAUGUGUAUGAUGUGAAGCAUAUUAUGAGGUAUUGUGAUGGGUUGUAUGGUGGGUUGGAUCGGGUGGCUAAGAGUCUUGAAGUGGAGCGGGUCGUUGGGAAGUGUCAUCAGGCGGGUUCGGAUAGUUUGCUGACGUGGCAUGUGUUUGAGAAGAUUAAGGAGCGUUGUGUCGGUGGACCUGAGAAGUAUGCUGGUGUUCUUUAUGGGUUAGAGGUUGUUUGAAAGGUUUAGUGGUGGGUAGGUUUUGAGAUUGUUGGAUUUGUAGCAGAUUAAUGGAUGUAAAUGUGUUGACUUGUUAAUAUCAGUUUAAUCUUUUGGUA